UUGCAUCGACGUCACGCCUUUAUCCGGGUCCUUGCGCAGCGUGGGUUGUGCGCAGGCGCAGAACAGCCGGCUGUUCGACCUCUGUCUUCGAAACCUAAAGUCCCUCGGCUCUGAAGAUGCUCAGCUGUGCGAAGUUCUCCUCCACGCGCGCCCUGGUGCGUGCGGCCUCCAGGUCCCUGUACAGGCCAGUUUCUUCCGCUGUGCUUUCCAGACCAGAGGUCAAACCAGAGGUCAGUGCUGCUGUCCUGCCUCAGGUGGCCCUCAGGAGUCUCCAGACCAGCGCUGUAAGCCGUGACAUUGACACCGCUGCCAAGUUCAUCGGAGCGGGAGCUGCCACUGUGGGGGUGGCUGGAUCCGGUGCUGGGAUCGGAACCGUGUUCGGGAGCCUUAUCAUCGGAUAUGCCAGGAACCCGUCUCUAAAGCAGCAGCUCUUCUCUUACGCCAUCCUGGGCUUCGCUCUGUCUGAAGCCAUGGGGCUCUUCUGUUUGAUGGUUGCUUUCUUGAUCUUGUUCGCCAUGUGAAAAUCUGCUGGUUAUGGACACAUUUAGUAUAACUGUGACUAGUAAACAGUGCUGUUGCUACCUAAAUGUCUGCUGUUGGUCUCUGUGAGAGAAAAAAAAAUGUAUGAAUGUUAAAUCCACUCUUUUAAAACGAAUCAUGUAACAACUAAAACUGGUUUAACUCUUUAUAUCAAGCUGAAGCUCACCAUGGAGAUCAUGAAGCUGACAUCACUGUCUGUUCAUCAGAUUAGAGCUGCUGUGAGGGUCUGUAGACUGUAAGGGUGUCUUCAGGGGUUAAACUGCCUGCCAAUAGUAUGACUGGACAUUUAUAGCAGUUGGUUUAAAGCCAAUUAAAACCUCUAUUGCUUUUGUAAAUUGCAUUAAAUAAAUUUAGAUCACAGUUUAACA